GGUACGGAGCGUAUCUGCUUUACAAUUUGCCUGGACUGUCCGUACUUGCCAACUACGGAAGUUUGUGUACCUUUUUUCCGUACCAGUUUACAUUAGCAUAUAUGGAGCAGGUACGGACGUUCCGUUCUUGUCCCGUAUUCGAUAUACGACGUACGAUAUUCUUCUGCACUCUCAGCCGUUUUUUCAUUUUUUCACACGUUUUCUCACCCGACUUUUUUCAUAAGCAGAAGCAUUUCUGUAAGCAUUCAUAAUGCUCAGUAGUUCCUUCUUAAAUAUUAAAACAUUUCUUUGGAAUUGAAUAGAAACCGAAAAUAUUAGUACAGUAUUAACCAAUUGCUGGAGGUUGCUUACAAAAAUGCGUCUGAGAAAUCAUCAGUAAAAGGCUGAGAGUGUGCGAAUUUCCCGUCCAAAAUAUUUCACAGUGUCGUUGUCUUCGUGUUGAGAAUCAAUGCUUCGUCGACUCUUCAAUGUGCGUAACAGCCCCUGCGACUCAUCUCACACUGCGUGCCCCAAGGUCCUGGAUGGCGUCCGCCAGCUGUCGGAGGGCGUGUCCCGGUCGCCCACCCUGCUGGCGGUGUGCCGCGCUCUGGAGGCGGGGGUGGCGUCGCGUGGCGCGGCGGCCAGCGAGAAGGCCGCUCCAAGGGCCGCCACGCAGGGCUACCUCUGCUACAGCAACGCCUGGAGCGAGUACCUCGGCAGCGGCAUCGUCCCCGGGGACAUCACGCUCAUGGCCAAGGGCUACGAGCAGGUGAUGGACCUGACGCUGGACGCCGCGGGGGCGGACCGUCUGCUGGCGCUCGUGGAGGAAGGUUCCCGCCAGCGCUGCUGCUGCCGCGCCUUCACGGCCCUGCUGGCCGUGGCCACCUUCCUCGCCGCCAUCGUCAUCGUCAGCCUGGCCCUGUCGCGCGGCCAGCGCGUGUUCGGCGCGCUCUAGUCCCGACAUGCGGGGGUCCGUAUAUAUUCAAUGCUGUGGGACUUUUUAGCACGUGAUACCUUUACACAUGCAACUCCCCAAGGGAAAAAAUCCCUAACGUCCCUAACCAAAGGGAUAUUUCGCGGCCCCUUGGUAUAGGGACGGUCCCCAUGGAAGGGCCAGCCCCUAUGGAUAGGGACAGUCCCCUUGUCAAAGGGCCGCGAAAUAUCCCUUUGGUAAGGGACGUGCCGCGGAGUGUUCAAGUGUUCAAAACAUCUGCCUCUUGAACAUCAAUGUACAAAUAAGAAACGCUUCCUGAGUAAACUUUUGACGCUGAUAACAAUGGUAGUGUCGCCGACACUCUAUCUAAAGCCGUUUACAAGAUACCCUUAAUAGGUGUGUAGCGGGUUUGCCUACCUAAAUCACCCACAUUUUGCCUAACUGGCAGGCUGAUUUAUAGGGCCUUGUGGUCUGGAGGGCGGAUCCCCAAGUCCAUAGGGCUGAUCCCCAAGUCCAAAGGGCCGAUCCCUAAGCUCAUAGGGCCGGUCCCCAAGUCCAUAGGGCCGGUCCCUAACUUGAUAGGGCCCGGCCCUAUGGCAGAUAGGGCUGAGCCCUUCCCAAGGGGCCAAGCCCUUUCUCGGAUAGGGCUUGGCCCCUUCGGAAAGGGACCGUCCCUUUAAAAUCAUGGGGAUUCUUUCCCUAGGGUCAACCUCGAGCUGCAGGGAUAAGAGCAUACUGCCACAACUAGUGUAUAUAGGACAGUAACAGACGAAUAUCAUCUGCUUCCAUGAACGUUCCUUGAAUGGAGAUUUCUUUCUUUGCACGAAGUAGCCUUAGUAUCCCGAGGACUCUGCCUCUCCGAGAUUUAAUCUGUGUGGCCCUUCAUGCAAGUCGGAGAUUUUCUAUAAGCUUUUGACGAGACUUUGCAAAGUGGUAGAACUUUGAACCGUGAUUUUAAUGUUGAAAUACGGUUAAAAAGUAUCUUGUGAAUUUUUUGUCCGUCUUAAACACAUCCGUCGAUCGGUGAUGCUAUAGUGUCCACCAGGUGAUUCAAACAGCAAUUUCCUUUUGUAUUGGACAAUGUGUAUAGUAUAACCCGUAAAACCUGGUGGACACUAAUUUAAUCAACAAUGACUAUGCUUAAAUUGUAUCAUUCAUGCGUGAAACAUGUACCUUGAUAUCUAGUGUGAAACUUAUCGUGAUGUACACUUAACUCUUGCAGACAUUUGUAUGCAUGAUUAUGCAUGCACAGAAACGUACGUAAGGUGUGAAUAAUAUUAUACAUCACUGCGUACAUUUUAUGCAGAUGCAAAAAAUGUACACACAUCUGUGCAUGCAUGAUUAUACACUAAAAAAUUCAUAAUUAUGCAUUAAAGAAGGCCACAAGAAUUCCGUGUGUGCGAGGAAUCCGUUUGUUAGAAAACGUGACUAUGGUCAUGUGAAAUAGAGAUGUUGAAAAAAAAAACACAUAUUUCACACACAUGUGACGGUGAUCAUAUGUGAAAAGAUGAAGUUGCAACUUUGUUAUAAGUUGAUGUCCCUGGUGAUGUGAAACUAAAAUCAUGUCCAGCUCGAAAUGUGACAAGUUUCUCUCCAAUAAAACGUCCUGACCUCGUCA